GAGAGCCAUGGGUGUUCCCAGAUUGUCUUGGGUGUGUUUACUAUGUUUCCAGGCAACUGUGUCCACUGUUACAGGAUCAGACACAAUGUCCAGCCUUCUGACAAGAGUACUGCUCCUCCUGCUGUUCAUACUUGAAGAUUUGCAGACAACAGGAGCCUCCUGCGACUGUUCAGCUUCAACCUGCCGCUGUGGAGGACUCAGCCUUACCACGAUACCACAGGACCUGCCAACAUCCAUAACCUCCCUGUACAUGGAAUACAACAACAUCACAGAACUACGCAUGCCAGAUUUCUCAAGAUACAGAAACUUGUCCAGUCUCUCCCUCCCCGACAAUCACUUGUUUGUGAUCAGGAGUCGUGCGUUCUACCACCUCACGAACUUAACGUCCAUAGACCUUCGCUGGAACAAGUUGACCAGUCUGAAAGCUGACACGUUUGUGGGGCUUGGUGGGCUACAGGCACUGAAUCUGGACUACAAUAACAUCAGCAGUAUUGAUGAAGGAACUUUCAGUGAAACCCCCAAACUCGUUCACUUGCUUCUUGGAUCAAACAGGCUGACGUCAAUCUCACCAGGCAGUUUUACCGGUCUAAACCAGCUCCAACUCUUAGAUCUGUUCUCCAAUCAGAUAACGUACAUUCAACCUGGAACAUUCUCAAACCUUCCCCAGCUUAAACACCUGUACUUGUAUCAAAACAGAAUAACUAACAUACAUCAGCAUUCAUUCUCAAAUCUACCCCAACUCCAGCUUUUGUCCCUGUUCUCCAACAAGAUAACAGAGAUUCGGUUGGGUACAUUCACAGAUCUGCCCCGACUCCAAGAGUUGGAUCUAGACUUUAACCACAUAACUAACAUUCAGUCUGGUGCAUUUUCCAACCUAUCACAGCUUGAGUACUUGGGACUGGGCCACAACCAGAUGAAAGUACCCUUACUAACAACUAUCUGUCAUGAACUAUCGUCUGUCCCAACUCUAAUUCUUACCAACAACCCCUGGCAGUGUGACUGUAGAAUAGUCUCCUUAAAUCUACAAGAUCAAACAUGUCAGUCUUGUCCACGUGAAAUCAUGGACCAGAUUAUUUGUACCGAACCUGCCAAAUUCCGCACACAAAAGCUGAAAGACAUCAACGUUGCAGAUCUCAAUUGUACAGAGACCUCAAAGGCCAAUUCUGCAACUAGUGCAAGUCACCUGCAACAUUCUCCCAACAUGUUAACAUUGUAUUUAUUAUUGUCAGUGCUAGCACUAUUGCUGGAAACUUAA